UCCAAUGUGUUUUUUUCCAGUGCGGCCGAAAGAGAUUUUGAGACCAGCCAAAAGAAAUUCCAAGACCCAAUACAAAAUGUAUUCCAAACUAAUCUGCUUGUAUCCUGGGGUUGUUACAGGGUGUUCUGUUGGAGGACGACCCUUGCAAUUCCCUGCCGAGUAGACCAACACCAAAAGAGUUGGAGGAUGCUAGCAAGCACUGCUCGAAUGAGCACUCCCGUCUUUCACGUCGCUCAUCCGAGGUUUCGAGGUAUCAAUGUUCGGGCUUGAGGAAGGCGGAAUGCACACGCUACGAAACACGAGAGGGUGUGGAACACCGUUGCACUGUUGUAGUCCAGAGCCCUCCUAAGUUAGCGUGCAUUAUCGGACGCCUCUUCCAACGAAUCAACAUCAGAUCCUGCAUCGCGUAUUUUAGGUUUGGCGUCACCAUGAACUCACCACCUGAUGUCCUGCAGAGUAAGUUCGAUGAGCUUUCUAGGGUAUAUGGUUAUGGAUCGUCCUCCAAGGUAAGGGUGCUCGAGAAAGAAGGCAAAUCUGCGGCCGCAUAUUCGAUUAUUGGACGGAGAACAUCGAUGGAGGAUAGAUUCGUCGUUGAGGAAAAUGUUCUAGGCAAGAAUAUAGCGUAUUUUGCAGUUUUCGAUGGUCAUGGAGGGGAGUUUGCCGCGAAUUAUGCACGAGACCAUUUAUUGAACAAUUUAGAGACGAAAAUUGAAGAGUGGUCAUCAAAUUGGACAGCUGAAAAAACAACCAGAGUUUCCUCUUUUUUCAACGGCUAUCGGUCACGCUCAACGGCACUGGUCGCACUGAUCGUAGGCUCGAGGCUGUUCGUGGCUAAUGUCGGCGAUUCCAGAGGUGUCAUGUGCGACUUCGAGGGAAGGACUGUGCCUCUAUCGUUUGAUCACAAACCUAAUCUGGCGAGCGAGCGUGCAAGGAUCAUAGCCAACGGUGGCGACGUCCCUUACGUACACGGCGCGUGGCGCGUGAACGGGCACUUGGCUUUGUCGCGGGCCUUGGGUGACGGCCCCGACGAGAAACGACCCGGCGUCAUCAUCGCGGACCCCGAUAUCCUGACGUUUGAACUGGGCCGCCACAAGCCGCGCUUCCUCGUCCUGGCCACGGACGGACUCUGGGACGUCCUGUCGAACGAAGACGUCGUCGCCUUCCUGACUCCCAGCAGGCUCCGCGAGGCGUAUUUCCGCGCCAAGAGUUUGGCUUACUACGCCUACCUCCGCGGGUCGGGGGACAACAUCACCGUCGUCGUUGUCGACCUGAGGAGCAAUCUAUGGGUCUCUUCGGUUAAGUGCGGUAAUGGUGAUUGUGGUCCUUCGUCGAGAUCUCCAACGCCAUCGGGUCGUGGAAGCACGAGGGGCGGGGGAAAGAAGUCCACGCCGAGGAACUCGAUAAAAAAAUGAGCUCGAGCGAGAUCUAAGCUGCAUAAAGAAUAGGGAGAGAAUUAAAAUAUGGGUAAACAAGGCGCCUGUCGUCUGUUCGUA